AGUUACUUUUUGAGUAUUAAUGCAAAUGACCUUAUUAGAUACGAUGAUUUGUUUUCCUCUUUCGCAGUUAAUUCUAUACCAUAUACUGUUGUUCUUAAACCACUUGCCGUGUACCAUAUCGGCAAGUGGAGUGCGGUUGGCAAGGAGUGCGGUGCCACCCACGCUAACACUGCGAUCAACACAGUGUCAUACGGUAACGAGAAUAUUUCCAGAGAGAUCCACGAUGAACAAGAGGCAACUGAUCGCACGGAGAUCCCUGUCCAGGGACGAGUGACAGCCAAGAUAGCAAUCACGGAGAGAGUCACCCGUGGACGUCUGUCUAACUGUUCCCUGGCUGAUAUCAGAAAGAGGUCAGGAGUCGUGCUGUUAACAACAACGAACUUUGCCUUUUUGGACAUGACGUUGAACAUGAUUGAGAGUAUCAAAAGAGCAGGCCUGUGCGUGAAUACCACAGUCAUAGCAGAGGACCAGAAAUGCCAUCAAUAUCUGAAAGAGAGAGUUUGGGACGACCCUGGGGUGCAUGUCAUAAUGACUAAUUCGGGAGAAACAGAAAGUCAACUGAUACGAAGAUAUACUCGCGCGUACUUUCGGUUUUUCAACAAGCGUCAAGCGUAUAUUCUCGCCUUAUUGGAACAAGGGCUGGAUGUUCUUUUCACUGAUUCAGAUACAUUUUGGUUCCGAGAUCCUUUCCCAUACUUCCGAGGAGACUUCGAUAUGUCGAUGAUGGACUCGAAAUCACCCUAUCCAACUCGCGCCGAAAAUGCCAAUUUUUGUGCAGGGUUUGUGUACUACAAGCCGACUGCCGUGACAAUUCGAUUUGUCAAGGCGUGGAUACAAACCAUGGAAAACAACGAAAAAGCUGGGAAGAUCCGAGCAGAUCAAGGUGUCAUGAAUUCCCUCUUACGGUCCGACGACCCGGUACAUGUGCAUGUCCAACCGUUGGACAUUAACCUUUUCCCAAGUGGUCCAAAGUUUUAUUCCCUGUUAGCUAAAACGGCCAACUACUCAGCUGUAGUGAUGCACGCCGCCAGUAUCCGUGGACAUGAAGCCAAGAUUGGAAAAUUCAAAAGUUCAAACAUGUGGCUUGUGAAUAUCACGACCGGGUAGGAGGUCAUAUGAUCUAUUACUGACUCCCGGACUGAACUGUGUACGAUUGCAAGAAAAGUCGAGUAUCCAUGAACCUGGCUAAUGCCUCGUGUAGGCCUACCUAUGCCAGCUUAAAUGACACACAUGCAGCCUUGGUAAAAUACAUGUGUUCGAGUAUUUUUCUUAAAGUUUCCUUUAACCCAUUUUUGACGAAUUUGACCGAUAAUCCAGGUCAAACAUUUUAUGUGGGAUACAUUUACCAAGGUAUAUAGGCAGACAAUUUCUACUAACUUAUUCAUAACAACACCUACAUGCUAUUGCUGAGCAUCGUAUAAGGAGAUACAUGUACAUGUAUUCACAAAGGUGUGGGCAUUAGGUCACGUGCCGCUUGAUAGUGAUGACGUUUUGUUUAGGAUAAUUUUCUGCUAAAUUGGACUUCGCGAAGCAAAUAAGCUUCAGUGUCAUUUAGAAUAAUUAUGAUGGUACUGGUAUCCAUCAUUGCUUUCCGAAGGCAGUGUUUCUCAAAAAAAACCAAUUAGGCCCACAGCUGCUGGAUUGUCAUUCAAAAUUAAUAUACUAUGGAACUCAUUUUUAAAAGGUAAAAGGCCUACCAUGUUUGUAUAUAAUAAAAAAUAUGACAUUAAAUACUUAUAUUAGAAAAGGUUUAAACAUUGUGCAUACAAAUCUGACUAAGGAAAAUUGUCUAUUUAAAGAAAUACAUAUUAUUGUACAGAUUGUAUUGUAGUCAAUUAUCUUACUUUGAAAAGGCAGCAUUUAAAUUGCGUUAAAACGUAUAAAAGACAUUUAAAAAGGUUGCAGUUAAAAAUUAUUUAUAGUUUCAUUUAGGAUUAGAAUUAUACAAAUGAGCCAGAUGGGGAAUGAGUUUAAAAAUUGUGCAAGAUGUGUGGCAGUCAAAUUAUCUUAUUUAAAUGAAAGGUAGUAUUAAAAUAACGUUAAAACUUGUAAAAUACAAUAAAAGCUUGCUGGUAAAAAUCAAUUCAUUUCAUUUGGGAUUAGAGUUAUACAGAUGUACCAGAUGAGGAAUGGCACUAUUCUGCAUUCUAUUUGUUUUACACUUGAGUUCUGGGACUUUAUUCGAAUUUCUUAGUGUACGUUUUGGAGGAGAAGGGAUAAAAUCCUAAAAUUGAUCAGUUUGUUUCAAUGUUAUUUCGAUGAAUGAUGUACAUAGAGAUUCUCUUCUUUGUUUCAAGGGGGAAAUCCCGAGUUCACAUAGCAUCUCGGAAUAACUGUUAUAACCACCGCGUCCGGUGAUUAUUCGUAGAGCUCUUUUUUGGAUGCUUUCGAUCUG